UUAUAUUGUACAAGGUCAAGUACAGACAGAAUACACAAUGAAGUGAGUUUACACUGCGUGGGUGUGGGAGCUGAAACCAGUUCUUCUUUGGAAAUGCUGCUUGUGCAACUGCAGCCAGCCUAUACAUGUCCCGGACAACGAAUGCCUUUAUUCCAAAUCUGUGUUCAUACUUUUUCAAUCAGGAAAAAUCUCAAGGAACGCAUGCAUAAUACAGGAAAACUACAGAGAUGUACAAUGGUAGAGACAUUUCUUGUCACCUCACUCUCAACUCAGUGAGUAAAAUAGUUUUACAAGUGUUUAAAUAAACACAAAUAGGGAGGAAUAGAGCACUAAGGUAACUGACAGCAAGAUAUAUGUUUGUGGAUUGACAUUGUUGUACUUCAAGGUGAUGUCAGCAGAGAUUAAAUAGAUUCUGAUUUGGUGCUUCUGGGAAGAAAAAAAUCACUCCACCUGUUCAGACAAACACGCCUUCUAUUCAGAAACAAACCUGUGUAACACAAUACUAUCAACUGUCACACCUGAUUUUGAACCUUAGUACUCUCUAGCUAGAAAGGACUAUGGACCAUAGAGGUCUGAAUUUCAAGCUGAAGAUUUGAACCUGCAUUUUAGAUUUAGAUCAAGAAGAGCAUUCCAUGAUGUGCCAUCCAUAAAAAUUCUUGCCUUACUUUAAUCUUCAAAAACUGGAACCUAUAUUUUUACCAAAUUUCCUGGGAUGCCCCUAAGGACAACAUUACAAGGAAAGCUACCUUCAGGAAGGUGGCCAAGGAGAUCAUCAAAACGAAAAGUUAUGUCCAUGAACAUGAUCAGUCUUCCACUAGCAGAUUUCAGACACCUCACCCAUGUUGAUCCAGAUGAGAAUGUGGGCAGCUUUGGGGACCUCUCCUUCCUAAAGCAGGGCCAUGGGUUAUUGCUGCAAAGCUCUCAGAGUGAGCAGAACCUGCUCCAGGCCUGCUUGCCCCCUCCAAAGCCUCCUCGCCUCAACCUGGAUGAAACAGAGCUGGGCCAGGACACUGAUGACUGGGAGUUCCAAUACCAGCCUUCAACUGAGAGAUGCAAAAAAAGUAACUCUCUGCCACUUCUGGACACUGAGGAGGUGGAGGAAGAAGUUUACGAACUGCAUCAAAAAGAGGCUCCAAUAAGUAAAAGCACUGGCAGGGAAAGACUCAGCUCAGAGAGGUAUUCAACAAAGACUGGUCCUGAGGAAUUCCCUCCAGAUGAAAUGGACACAACUUUUAAUCUAGACUUGGGGCCUUCCAUAUUGGAUGAUGUACUGAAGGUUAUGGACAAAUUCCACCAGUAAAGAAAUGUGCCAUGUGAUCUGUUAUAUAUUAAUGGAACACCUUUUGUAUAGACUUCCUGGUCUUACUAGAAAAACCUAAGAUGAGUGGUGAAGGAACUUUAACUUGAGAUCAAACAGAAUUCAACUUUGUAUAUAAAUAUAAAAUUAUAUAUUAAUAUUCAGGGACACAAAUAUUCUGACACAAAAUUUCAAAUGUUCUAAAAUACAGCUACUCAUCAAGCAACUUAGCAGUUAUAAUUAGUAUUGUAUAUAACUAUUAUAUUAGAAUGUAUUAUAUGACUUGAAAGACAAGGCUUCCUUGUUCUUUAUUUCACAAUAAUAAUGAAUCAUAUUUGUUUUUAAUAACUUGGAUUUUGAUGUGUUAUAAAAGGAUAAACAAAAUGAUCUAGUUUAACCUUUUAGUGUUUUAGAGAAGUAGACCAGUAAUCCGACCAAAGUCAACAGCACAGACUGCACCUAAAACCUCUCGUCAAUGGGAAAUGGUAUCCAUGUGAUCUAGAAUUAUAGCUGCAUCACCGAAUAUUGUUAACACAUUUAAAAUAAGUAGAAAUGGCUAAAGUACAACACCGCAAAGAUUAAGCAAUUAUACCACCACAAACUCUGAAGCUUUAAAAACACAAAAAGCUUCUUUUUAAUCACUUUCAAAUCCCAGUCUCUUCAUCACAAACAAAAAGUUACAGUAGCCUCCCUCUUUCUCAGCCCCAUUUCUUUAUGGAUGCUCCUGUAUGCUUCCCUUAAUCUAAUUUAUUAUGAGAAAACAGUGGAAUUAUUGUUUCAAUGUAUUUUCAGUGUAUAAGAUAGGUGACCAAGAAUCUGAUCACUCUGGUUAGUAUCCGAUUGAUCUCUGAAGCUUCCAGAGUGACCAGAAUGACCUUGGUCUACUCUAAUAUCAAGGCUUUUCUCCUCUCCAACGUGAUAUUAUGCGAUAUUAUGAUUCAUUGUUACAAUCACAGAAUAAAGGAAAAUACACUACAUGUAAAAAGCAAUGAAAUUUAAAUCCUGUAUUUUUUCUUAAAGAGUUCAAGGUAAAUAAACACGGUAUAACAUAUUCAGAAUGAUAUCUUGAUUCCUAAUAAAGCACUCAAAAUCAAACUGAAAGACAUGGACAUCAUUAACCAUUUACAGAGUAGUACAGAAUAUCAUAAAAACGUAGAUAUAGGUAAAACCAUACUAUAAACCAAGUAUAAACAAAAAUAUUACAAUUACCUCCAGAGAAAUUUGAAAUCAUCUCACCUAUAACAUGUACUAUAACAGCACAUCAUAAUAAUUUACGGCAUUUAGCUUUUUUAUCAUUACAAUAAAAAAAUUUAAAAAUUCA